AAGAGCGGGUCGUGUAUGUGAUGCACACGCUUGAUUUUAUUUAAUUAAUUAAUUGUAAGCAAACUAUACGCAGUGCAAAAUGCUCGCGUGUGUGUGCGGGAGCGUGAGCAAAGAUUAAAUGCCGAGUGGCGGCAGCGGCCAACUCCCAAAACGGGAUCACAAGUGAAACAACAACAACACGUAAAGUGCAAUAGAAUUUAAAUGGAAAGAGUAAAAAAUUCAUGCACUUGUGCAAUAGUUGAUGUUAUUGUUUUAUGUUUUUAACGUGUGUUGUUAUAGAAAAAAAAACAUAGAAAUUAAGUAAUCAAAAAAAGCUGAAUGCCAAUGUUUUCGGUGGCAAUAUAAAAAACGAAAUUCAACUACGUGUUGCUUAACUUAAUUGUAUCUGAUUUCAUAUUUCGCGUGUCGUUUUCUUUUCUUUUUAAUUUGCAAACGAAAGUGUACUCUAUCCGCCUAUCUAUGUAUGUAGCGGUAUCUGUUUGUGUAUGUAUGUGAAUGCGUGGUAAAAGUUAAGGAAAACAACAAAAAUGACGGUGUGGAGCGAUUGCAAUGCUAAGCAGGCAUUUGGCAUUGCCAAAAGCCACUUUGAUCAGGAGACGAAACCACAUCGCCUCAGUUUGGAUGUGGGCGAUGCAGUCAUAAUACUCAAGGAGACCACGCACUGGUACUACGGCUAUAAACAAAAAGCAAAGGAAACACGCGGCAUUUUUCCCAAAACCUACAUACACUUGUGCGAGUAUAACAUCGUGAAUGGCGAAUAUUACAUUAAGCGGACGGAUAUUGUAGAAGAGAUCACAAAAGUACUGCUGGAAUGGGGCACUAUAGCGAAGCGUUUGUUUCUGAGAACAGAUGAGAACUUUCAAAAGAUACGGAGAAAAAUGAAUGAGCUGCACAAUAAUCGUGCGCUACUCAUUUCUGGCAAUUUUCCCGUGGAUGAGAUGCGUAGAUUGAAGUUACAGGCCACAGAACAAAUAGAUACGGGCAACAAGUUGCUCGGCCUAGACAUGGUCGUGCGUGACGAGAGCGGUGAUAUAUUAGACACAAAUGCCAUUGCCACCACAGAGCUCUACGAACAGCACGUUCAGGCUGUUGGACGGAUAGAUAAAGCCAAUCGCGUGAGUCACUCACGCGGCACAACGCGUGCCCACAACAAAUUCUCGCACAACAUUCUGCUGCAUGUGAAUGCGUUUGUGUGCAAGUUUCAAGAUGACUCCGAUCUGCUGUUUACACUCUUCGAUGGUGAGAAACACAAGCCCAUUACGGAGAACUAUGUGGUCAAGUGGUCGCACACCGGCAUUGCACGAGAUAUCGAUCAGUUUGACAACAACCGCGUGCUAUUCACCGAUCUCAGUCGUAAUGAUCUGAGCAUCUCCAAAAUCUAUCUAGUCUGUUAUGCUAUACGCAUUGGCUCGAUGGAGAUGAAGGAUACUAGCGAAUCCCGGCGAACAAGCAGAAGCAUUGCGAACAAUGUCCUCACGGCGGCCAGUCGGAAGCCCUCGCAGCUGUCGGUCAGCUCGAGCAGUUCAUCUGGCACCACCGGGGAGUACAUUAUGCGGCGACCUUUUGGUGUGGCCUUUAAGGAUCUAACACCGAUACUAAACAAACCGGAGGACUUUCGUGGCAACUUGGAUUUACCCUUCAUUAUGUGCGAAAAGGACACCUUGGAUGGCACCCUCCGCAAGCUAAUUGCCAACAAGGACAUUGGCAAGAUCGACUCCAAAAUGGCCGUAACCAUUGAGGUGCUGCGUGGUGACAUCAAACAGAUUAAAGAGGACUUCCCACGUCUGGUGCAUCCCAAUGUGCCAGUGGCGCGUAAAAUGGGUUUUCCCGAAGUCAUACUGCCGGGCGAUGUACGAAACGACUUAUAUUUGACCAUAUGUUGUGGCGAAUUCGCACGCAUUGCGAAGAAGUCGGAGAAGAAUGUGGAGGUGACGGUGUGCGUGGCGAAUGAACAGGGUCAGCUGGUCUCAGGCGUUAUGAGUAUAGGAGCUGGACAUGCGCCUAUCGACGAGUACAAGUCCGUGGUGUACUACCACGACGACAAGCCCAAGUGGCAGGAGAUCUUUAAAAUUCAUGUUUCCAUUUGGGACUUCAAGCAAUGCCACUUGCGCUUCAUGCUCAAACAUCGCAGCUCGAAUGAACAGAAAGAUCGAGCGGAAAAACCCUUCGGUCUGGCUUAUGUGCGUCUCAUGCAGGCCAAUGGCACAACUAUACCACAGGGUCAGCAUGUCCUGGCCGUGUACAAAGUCGAUCACAAGAAGUACGAUAAGACGGCGGCCAGCUACAUGGACCUGCCAGCUACGACAGCCGAAUUGCAGGGCACGAAACCCUCUACUACUGGUCUGUCUCUGCUGCCCAAAGAUCAGCUGACCAUCGAUGUGAACCUCUGCAGCACCAAGCUAACCCAAAGCGAGAGUUUGUUGGGUCUACUUAACUGGUCUGGCCACAAGGAUAAACUUGAGCAAUCGCUGCAAGCUUUAUCCUCUGUGCCUGGCGAGGAGGUCGUGAAAUUUCUGCAAGAUAUACUGGACGCGUUGUUCAACAUACUGGUGGAGAACGAUGAUCCCGAAAAGUAUGACCAGUUGGUUUUCAUGAGCAUUAUAUACCUGAUAGAGACUGUCACCUCCAAUUAUCAACACUUCCUUACCGUGCUGGAUGUGUAUAUAAAUGAGAACUUUUCGGCAACUUUAGCCUAUGCGAAGCUUAUCGACGUUCUGCAGCAAAACAUUCGAGAUGCUAUUAAGCCGCGCGAAAAGUCCGUGGAUGGCGGCGAUUACGAGGAGAGCGGUGAAGUGGAUCGGUUGUUUAAGAUCACACGCUGCUUACACUAUAUAAUGAAGUUUAUCAUCCGCUCGCGUCAGCUCUACGAGAUGAAUUGUAAUCUCGAACCCGACGACUUUGCCACGCGUCUCCACGCGUUGCUAAAAUUGUUCAUCGAUAUGAUUGGCUGUCCGACAGAUCUCUUAAAAUCCGAGGGCAUGCUGCUGAAAAAUUUGCACAUAAUUGCGACAGAUUUGAUGCAGGUGUUCGAUCCAGUACGUUUGAGCGUUGCCAUUAUAGAAAUAUUGGAAAAGUUUCCGCCACGUCGUCUGCUUCAGUCCAAGAUGGGAUGCAUCAGAGACUUUGUGGAAACUAAAUUGUUCAGCCUGCCCAAAUGUCGCGCCAUACUAUUGCCUGUAUUUUGCAAGCACAUUAAAGAUCAUCUCGAGAGCAAAGAGGAGGGCGACUCGAAAACCGAUAUCUGGCAGCAAGAAAAGAAUCUUUCCAAAGCCGCCAAAGUGCUCGGACAAUUAAAAUCCCAACUGCAUACACGUGAGACCUCUGCCAAUAAAAAGAUUGCCGAGUGCAUCAACAUUAUGAACAACAUACUGAAGCUGCUCUAUCGCUCGGAUGUGGGGCCAACGCACAAUGACAUCCGAGAUAUUAUGAUAAUUCUGUUGCGCACUGUUAUGAAGGCUGCGCAUGCGCUCGACCGCGAUACAGGUCUGGUGGGCAGCUUUUUUGCCAUUAUGCUCGGCAUUUUGCAGCGCAUGGAUGAGGCGCACUACGAGUAUUUUGUGAAGGAUCUGCGGAAUCGUUCCCAGCUGCAGGACUUCGUCGUCGAAAUAUUGCUGGUCUUCAAGGAUCUAGUGACGCCGGACCAGAAGGCCGUUUUUCCGCGCGACUGGAUGGACAUGAUUAUGCAUCAGAACACGGUCAUUUUGGGCGCUCUUCAACAACUGAGCAUCGUCAUCACAGAUCACUUUCUGGACUCGUUUGAGGAGCAAAUCUGGUCGAACUUCUUCCAGUGUUCCAUUGCGUUUCUGGUGCAGUCGCCUCUGCAGCUGAACGACUUCAAUGACAACAAGCGGCAGAUUGUGUUCGCACGCUACCGUGAUAUCCGGAAGGACACGGCCAAAGAGAUACGCAAUAUGUGGUUCCAGUUGGGCGAGCACAAGCCCAAGUUUGUGCCGCAUUUGGUCGAACCUAUUCUGGAAAUGAGCAUGAUACCUGAACGUGAGCUUCGCUGCGAAACCAUACCGAUAUUCUUCGACAUGAUGCAAUGCGAGUAUUACAGCUCACGACUUGAGGUUGAGAGUUAUGGCGAUACCAAGCGCAACAAUGCUCACUACAAGGGCAACUUUGCUGAAUUCAAAACGGCAAUGAUUGAGAAACUAGACAUGCUAAUCGGAAUGGGCAAAGGCGAUACGGAUUACAAGCAGCUGUUUGAGAAAAUCAUGCUGGAGCGUUGCGAAGCUCAUGCCUCGCUCAACAUUGAGGGCACCAAGUUCGUGCAUAUGGUGACGAAGCAGAUGGACAAGCUUUUGGAGUACCGCUACCUUAUACAGGACGAGAGCAAGGAGAAUCGCAUGGCCUGCACUUUCUCGCUGCUGCAGUUCUACUCGGAGGUAAACCUCAAGGAGAUGUACAUACGUUAUGUAUACAAACUGUGUGCCCUGCACAUGGAAUUUGAAAACUAUACCGAGGCGGCCUUCACCCUCAAGCUGCACACCGAACUGUUGCUCUGGAACGAUACAGAACUGACGCCGCAGCUGCAAACUGAUCGCCACCGCCAUUGCCGCACGCAUCGCGAACUGAAGGAGGCACUGUACUUUGAUGUCAUUGAUUACUUUGAUAAAGGCAAGCAAUGGGAGUGCGCCAUAGACAUGUGCAAGGUGCUGACGGAACAGUAUGAGAACGAGAUCUACGACUAUAUUAAACUGGCAAAGCUGCUGAAGACCAUGGCAGAAUUUUACGAGAAGAUACUCAAGGAGCUGCGCCACACAUCGGAGUAUUUCCGUGUGUGCUUCUACGGUCGUGGAUUUCCGCGUCUGCUUCAAAACAAAGUGUACAUCUUUCGCGGCAAGGAGUACGAGCGUCAUCCUGAUUUCUGCACACGCAUUCUCGCGCAACAUCCGCAGGCCGAGCUAAUGCAGACGCUCGAGGCGCCUGGCGAAGAUAUCACCAAUAGCGAUUCUCAGUACAUUCAGGUGAACAAAGUGGACCCCAUCAUGGACGAUGCGUUCGCCAAGUUCAACGAGAAAAUCAUCUCCAAUGAGAUUGUCAAGUACUUCACUUCGAACAAUGUGCAAAAGUUCCGUUUCUCGAGACCGUAUCGAGACAGCAGUAGUGGUCGCGGCAUGGAUGAUGUGCGUUCUCUGUGGCUUGAGCGUACAGUACUGGUGACACGGUUUCCGUUGCCGGGCAUUUUGCGCUGGUUUCCAGUCGUCCACACGGAAACUUUCAAGAUCUCGCCCUUGGAGUUAGCUGUCGAGACAAUGAAGACCGCUAACAAGGACUUACGCGACUUAAUCAUACAGUACAAGAGCGAUGAGAAGUUGGGCAUUAAUCCAUUGACAAUGAAAAUCAAUGGCAUUGUCGAUCCGGCUGUGAUGGGCGGCUUCACGAAGUACGAGGAGGCCUUCCUAACGCCCGAGUAUCUGGAGGAGCGUGCUGAGGACAGGGACCUCAUCGAAGAGUUGAAAGAUUUGAUUGCCUCGCAAGUACCGCUGCUGGAAAUUGCAAUUUUGCUGCACAGACAACGUGUGCCCGAAAGCCUUAAGGAUCUGCAGGAGCACAUGGAGUCGCGUUUUUCGGAAAUGCAGCAAAAGGUUGAAUCCAAAUACGGUCGCAAGUCUUGCGAUUUAAAGCUCGAUCGCGAUUCCGUGGUAAUGCGACGAAAUAACUCCUUCCACCCGGCCCUGUUUGAUGGCAGCAGUAAUCGCCUGUCGGAAACCAGCAUGGGAUCUUCAGAUAGCGGCCUCUCGAAGUCAACAUUUUUGCCACGCCCCCAAACCAGCUCUAUCAAAUCUACAUUUGCCAAUUUGAGCUUCAAUCCAAGACCCAGUUUGGGGCACACGCCGAGCACGAAGGGCAACAAGAACAAGGACAAAACACCGACCAAACGGCGGUCAAUGAAAAAGUUGGAUCGGGACACGCUGAGCUUGCCAGUGGCCAAUAGUCAGUGGUAUACUCCACCGUUGACAACCAUAACAUCGACGCCCGAAAAGGAAAUAAGCUCAUCUAUCAACUCCAUAGUGAGCGCCUCGAAUACCUCGCUAAGUGGACCAAAAACACCAGACCCGCGUGUCCUAACCGAGGAGCUCACACCAAAAAGGCCUCUACGUUCCGAAAAAGAAAAGGAACGUCGUUUAUCUCGACCCGCCAGCAUAGCCACGCCCACAGCGAGCAUGAAAAACUUCACCGACUCACGAUCUCUGUCCGAGAGCAGUAAUCGUAAUUCAGUUGAAACCACAGAUUCGACAUCAGAAGAGGACAUACGACCGCCGCCACUGCCUGCCAAGACACGUGACUCCACGGAUUUUUCAAGUUUCUCGCACAGUCUGGACUGGAACCCGGCCGGAUAUGCAAUGCUCAGUCAAUUGAGCAACAUGAGCAACAGCAGCAACAUAAGCAACAUUAGCUCGGCAUCGACCAUGACAAAAACCACCAGUAUUAUAAAUAAAAGUUAUGAGUACACAGAAGUGACGAACUUAACUUUGAUUAGUGGACUGGAUAGCAACAAGCCGCGUCCUCCAACGCCGCCCCCGAAGCCAUCGCGUAAUAGCAAACACAUUCCAUAGACAGCGAUUUGCGAUUCGUCUGGUUCCAGUGCUGCGCGCCAUAUGCAUGCAUACUCGUAUGUAUGCUGAAAGUUGUCAACGAGCAAGAAUCGAGUGCCAAAUAUAUUUGUUACUACAUUAAUAAUACUACUUACACCGAAAGAGCAAAAUCGAACACAAUAAGAAUAAUAACAAUAACAAAUCAGCACCUCAAAUGACCGCUACCAAAUAGCAAUGAAUAAGAAAUUAACAAACAAAAAGUGUCUUAAGAAUCACAGUGGCCUAAAACUGAAACCGUUUAUUUAUGUUAAAUGUUUAGUUACGUUAAAAUGAUAUUAUGUUGAACAUGUCAUCAUUUUCGUUUAGUUGCAAGUUUUAUGUUUAAGAUGUGUAAUUUGUUUACGAACAAAGCUUAAUCCUAGAGCACUAGAAACAUAAACUAUAUAGUAUGAACACGAUCUGCUUGUCUUCCACAAGUAUUACACAUAUGUAUAUUCUUAUUUAAUUUUAUACUAUUACUAGUAGACAUAUAGCAUUAAAGUGUACGCACAAUUACUGCAAAACUGCAAUACGCAUAAAAAUGAUCGCAAACAAGCCCAACAAUUUAAAAAACUCACGUCUCUUAUGCAAACAAGUGCCACAACUUUUUUAUAGCAAUAACAAUAAAUGAGCAAUAAAAAGUCAACGAUUUCUGCAACCAUCCGUUUACAGCAAGCACAGAACUAUGUAUUGCAAGUCAAUUAAAAAUGAAUGCAUUAAAAACCAUAACUUUUAAUAUUUACAACAAGGUAGUCAAUUUUUUAUAUACAUCUAAAAUUAUUUACAUAUUUUAUAAAAUAACACAUGUGUAUAGCCAUGGAUUACGAAUUGUUCUUAAACGAUUUGUUGUUGAACUUAUCAUUAGUUUAAAAAUCAA